UUUCAAUGUUUUGACCGCACAUGAAUUGUUCAAUUAGUACCUUAUAUUUAAAAUUUGAAUAAAAAUAAAGAAGUUUUAGAAAUAUAGGCAGUGUAUUUAAAAAUGCUUUCAUAUAUCUGUGGCAAAUUAAUAUAAAAAAAGAUUAAGUCCUCCAUAGGACUAAAAUAUAACGCGUAAAAGUAAGAAGAGUAUAGGAAACAAAAAAAUGAUAGAUGAAAAAAGUCACGUCGCACUAAAUAUUGGAAUAGUCGGAUCUCAUACACAACGUAAAAGUUUUAGAAGGAUAUGGAAUCAAUUGCCAAGAUGUCAAAAAAAUUUAAUAUUAUUGGCCGUUUUGGCGUCGUGCAUAAUAUUGAUCGCUUUAUUUUUACCAUCGGAACCCAUUAUAACUGAUACAGCUAGCAAUAAAGAACCAAACCAUAUUAAUAUACAGCCUCUGAAAGAUGAUACUUUUGGACAUUCUCUCCAAGAUGGUUCUCAAAAUCAAUUUCCAAAGCCUGUUGAAGACGAGGAAACUGCACAUGGGACUGAAAGUAAACCAAUUAUAAAAGAAAAUGGCGAAAACCGCAAUAAGGUUUAUGAUUCUGGAGUUUUAAAUUCACUAGAUGCGCCUGAUCUUUCCAAUAAUGAAGAAAUCAAAAACGUUCAGGAAAUCGCUGUAGAAAAAACCGAUUUUACCAAAGCUAGAUCAAACAGACAUGCGAUUACUAUAGAUUUAAGCAAAAUACGAUCAACUGCAGCUAAAGACUUUAGAGGUCCAAUAAAUGACCGAGAAAAAGCUGUUGUAGAAGCAUUUCAACAUUCUUGGAGAGGUUACAAGGAAUAUGCCUGGGGACAUGAUAAUCUUAAACCCGUUUCAAUGAGUACCUUCGAUUGGUUUGGAUUAGGAUUAACCAUUGUAGAUUCUCUUGAUACCCUUUAUAUAAUGGACUUGCAAGAAGAAUUUGACGAAGCUAAAGCUUGGGUGGACCGUUAUCUACAUUUUGAUAUAAACCGCGAUGUUAACCUUUUUGAAGUUACUAUCAGAGUUCUUGGUGGAUUGCUAAGUGCAUAUCACUUGAGUGGAGAAAAAAUGUUUUUAAAUAAAUCGGUUGAUCUCGGGAACCGAUUGCUACCUUGUUUUGACUCUCCUUCUGGAAUCCCUUAUUCAGAUGUGAAUUUAGCAACAAGGACAGCCCAUUCACCGAAGUGGUCUCCCGAUAGCUCAACUAGUGAAGUUACAACUUUACAGUUGGAGUUUCGUGAUUUAUCAAGAAGUACUGGAAACAGUAUUUUUGAACAGGUUGCUAACCGCGUAAAUGAAAUCGUACAUUCUUUGGAGAAGCAAAAUGGAUUAGUUCCAAUUUUUAUUGACGCCAAUACUGGAACUUUCCGCAACUUCGCAACUAUAUCAUUAGGAGCACGUGGUGACUCGUACUAUGAAUAUUUGCUUAAACAGUGGCUGCAGACUGGAAAGAAAGAAAAUGAUUAUUUAAUACAAGAUUAUGCUAACGCUAUAUCAGGCGUUUUGAGCCAAUUAGUUCGAAAAACUCCUCGAGAGGGUCACACUUUUGUAGGGGAGCUUCUAAAUGGAAAAGAUUUCAAACCUAAAAUGGAUCAUUUAACAUGUUAUUUACCAGGGACGUUAUUGCUAGGAUAUAAAAAUGGCAUGCCUGAUUCUCAUUUACAACUUGCUAAGGACUUACUUGAAACUUGUUAUCAAACAUAUAUGAAACAGCCAACUCAUUUGGCUCCUGAAAUAUCUUAUUUCAGUUUAACUAACAACGAGGGUGACUCAGAUAUUCAAGUAAAAUCAAAUGAUGCCCAUAAUUUACUACGCCCAGAGUUUAUUGAAAGUUUAUAUUAUUUUUAUGCUUUAACUGGUAAUAGAACAUAUCAAGACAUGGGUUGGAAUAUUUUUGAAGCUUUUGAAAAGUAUACAAAAGUUAAAAGUGGUUACACUUCAAUUGGUAAUGUAAAAAGUAUAUUUAAUACUAGGCCACGGGAUAUGAUGGAAAGUUUUUGGCUAAGUGAAACUUUAAAAUAUUUUUAUUUACUUUUCAACGAUGAUCCACACGAAAUUGAUUUAGAAAAGUUUGUAUUUAACUCUGAAGCACAUUUACUACCUAUUCGUAAUAAUUGAGUAGAAUGUACUUUAAAUUUUUAAUAGCAUUACGAUUUGAUUUGCUAAAAUAUAUGAAAAUUUGAUAGUUUACCACAAAAUAAAAAUUUCAAAUAACAUAAUUAAAAGAAUUGAUUUGAUGUGAGGACUUAAAACUUCAAUUAGCUUUUAAUAAUUACGAAAAAGUUAGUAAAACUUAUUUUUUAUUUAAAACCUAUUUUUAGA